AUGACCGUCCCCGCAGAAUCAAAAUCAAAAUCAAAAUCCAGCUCAUCAUCAACUUCUACGUCAACCUCUACAUCAACAUCAGCCCAGCAGUUACGACAAAAACUACUUUUGCAGAUCUGGGAAUACAAUAAUGAUAUCAACACACCGCCAGAUCUAAGAAUACACAUCACAGGUCUAUCCGUUGCGGAAGGUGCUUUAUUUGAACGUGAUUUCCGUGCUACUGGGUUGGAUACGGAUGAUGUUUUGUUUGAAGCUCCGGGAACGCGGAGUGGAGAGCUAGAGCUAGAGCUAGAGCUAGAGAGCGAAGUAUCGAAGUUGACGGUGCCGACGGAAGAACUUGCUGUUUGGCGAGAAGAAACAGAAAAAGCAAAGUUCAAAUUAGCUGCGAAGGAACAAAUUGAUGCGCGGUGGCAAGAGCGGACUUUGAAGGACUGGAGGACAAAUAAGGUGAAGAACACUUUUGUGCCAUAUGCGAGUAUUGGUUCGGGAAGUGGUGAGGUAUCUCGUGGAGAUGCUUAUGAUGGGAGGAUUAAGAGGAAUAAUAUUGGGCGUGAUGAAGAUACUCUCCAAGAGAUAGUUAUUGACCGAGACGACAAAAAUAGUGGAAGCGAAAGACAAAUAAAGGAACAUGCAUCAGCAAAGGGAGAGAAGAAAAAAUCACCACCAAAAGGUAUAGAGCAACUAGCUGAAUCGCGCAGAAAGGCAAAUAGAGAAUGGAUGGCACGAGAAAGCCAUCGAAAGACAGUAGAAGAGAGUGACGAAAUGACGAGGAUCAAUUUGUUGAAAGGUGUUAAUCGGGCCAUUACCAUUGCGGAAGAAGUAGCUUGGAAGGGCGCAGAACAUUUGAGGGAUUUGAUGAAUGGAGAUGGGGGUUGGAAAGAUCGAACGAUCGAGAUGGGUGAUGAAGGUACGAGGAAAGAUGAGGGAGUGGGAGGAGAAGAUUCAUUGGCAUGUUCCAGACCGGGACAUGCGCCAGCACUUCCGGUAGGAUUCGAACCAGAAUCUAAGCGUCGUGGUGGAAAGGGACUUGGAAAUGGAAAUGGAAUUGGGUCAUCAGAGUCGGAGGGAGGAGAAAGAAGACGAGAAGCAGAGAAGCCACCUUUUAUCUAUUCACCCGGAAUAAAUAUCCCCAUACCCCCCAUAUCUCCCCUCGCUCCAAAAGUAUCCAAGCCACAACCAAAGCCUGUAUACUCACCUGGAAUAAAUAUCCCCAUACCACCCAUAUCUCCCCUCGCUCCGAAAGUAUCCAAGCCACAACCACAGCCUGAAUAUGUACCUAUUAUUUUCCCUGUCCCCGCCAUUCGAGAAUCACGUCUCUUGCCACCAGAAAGUCCAGCCCAGUUGAAACUCCGCCUGCAACGCGAAACCGCCCACGCCAAGUUUGAGACUGAUAAAUUGAAAUAUCAAGGAGAUGUCGAAGGUGUAACAAAGACUAAGGAUGAAGUUGGGUCUGGAAAAAGUAUAUCGAAGCAAGACGGAAAUGGAAAGGGGAAGGGGAUUACUUGGGCUGAUGGACCUACUGAUGAAGCUACUGAUGAACCUACUGAUAAUAAAGGCGAGGAUGAGAUGAGGUAA